AUGCAAUAUCAGUGUAAGAAAUGCAAUGUUGUAUUUCCCAGAAUUUUUGACUUAAUUACACAUCAGAAAAAGCUGUGUUAUAAAGAUGAAGAUGAUGAUAUUCAAGAUGAAAGCCAAACUGAAGAUUCAAUGGAUGCUACAGAUCAAAUCUUGCCAAAGGCAUCCAGUCAAGCAGAGAUAUCAAAAGCUUCAACUAUAACAACAGUAAGCUCUGGGUCAGGCUCAAGUACACCAUUAAUUCCAUCUCCAAGACCAGAGUUUGGUAAAACUUCGCCAAAACCUGAUGUGCAAACUGAAAAACCAAAGCAAAUUGAUGCUAUUGCUAGCUCAUUAGCCUCCAAAUUAAUUCAGUCCAGUUCUACAUCAUCUGAAGCACAGCCUUCACCAUCAAUAUCUGUAUCUCAGCAAAGGCAGUCUCAGCAAAUUGCAAGACCUUCGUCUGCAUCACGAACCACUCCUGUUCCAUCUAGCCCGCUGCCAAUAUCUCUGACUUCAUUGCCAAACAGCCUACCUCCUCAGCUGCUGCAAUACCAAUGUGAUCAAUGUACAGUGGCUUUUCCAACAUUGGAACUGUGGCAGGAGCACCAACACAUGCAUUUCUUAGCUGCCCAAAAUCAAUUUCUUCACUCACAGUUUUUAGAAAGGCCCAUGGACAUGCCAUAUAUGAUUUUUGAUCCUAACAAUCCUCUUAUGGCAGGGCAGUUACUUGGUAGUUCCAUGUCUCACAUGCCUCCACAAGCUGGUGGACCACAUGGAGCCACAUCUGUUUCCACUUCCCUAAAAAGGAAAAUGGAUGACAAGGAUGAUAAUAACUGCAGUGAGAAGGAGGGUGGCAAUAGUGGUGAGGAUCAACAUCGAGAUAAACGAUUAAGAACCACUAUUACCCCAGAACAACUAGAAAUACUUUAUGAAAAAUAUCUGUUGGAUUCUAAUCCAACGCGAAAGAUGCUUGAUCAUAUUGCUAGAGAGGUGGGCCUAAAAAAAAGAGUGGUGCAAGUUUGGUUUCAGAAUACAAGAGCCAGAGAAAGAAAAGGUCAGUUCAGAGCUGUUGGUCCAGCUCAGUCUCAUAAAAGAUGCCCAUUUUGCCGUGCACUAUUUAAAGCAAAGUCAGCAUUAGAAAGUCAUAUUAGGUCUCGGCAUUGGAAUGAGGGAAAACAUGCUGGUUAUAGUUUGCCACCAAGUCCUCUUGCUGGUAUGGAUGAUGGUGGUGAAAGCCCAAACAAAUAUAUGUUUUUUGAUUAUCCUACACUUCCAAAGAAUGACCAGUUAAGUGAAAAUGAUAUGCCUUCUACUGUUUCCACACCAGUAAGCAAAACUGCUGAGCUAUCACCGAAGAAUCUUUUAAGCCCAUCAUCUUUUAGGGCAGAAUGCAAUGAAGACAUAGAGAAUUUGCAUCAACCUUCUGUGGAAAGGUUUGAUCAAAGCAAAAAUGACUUUGAUGAAACAUCAUCAAUUAACACAGCAAUUAGUGAUGCUACAACAGGGGAUGAAGGAAACAAUGAUAUAGAAACCAUGACUGUUAGCUCUAAAUAUGUAAGAACUCCCAAAGAACCAAAAAUUCAAAUGAAUGAUAGUUUGCCAAAAACAGGAACUACUCCCACAAUUGAUAACUGUGAUGAGAGUUUCUUCUUUUCUCUGUCAAAUACAUCACACAAUAACAUGGACAGAGAAAGCGAUCAUGACCAAAGUAUAUACAUGACUGAUGAGUAUGAGGACAAUGCUGACCGCAGUGAAACAUCUAGUAUUGCAGAUCCAGAUCCCAGCUCACCAAACUCUUUCAGUAGCAGCAGCCUCUUCAAAGCCAAAAAUAAUGACCGACCAGGUCAUAAACGCUUUAGAACUCAAAUGAGUAAUGUUCAGCUAAAAGUUCUCAAAGCUUGCUUUUGUGAUUAUAGAACUCCAACAAUGCAAGAAUGUGAAAUACUGGGCAAUGAGAUUGGUCUUCCCAAACGUGUUGUCCAAGUUUGGUUUCAAAAUGCACGGGCAAAAGAGAAGAAAUUCAAAAUAAACAUAGGGAAGCCUUUCAUGAUUAACCAAACUGGGCCAGAUGGAACCAAACUUGAGUGUUCUCUUUGUGGGGUGAAAUAUUCAGCACGCUUAUCCAUUCGAGAUCAUAUAUUUUCAAAGCAACACAUAUUAAAGGUGAGAGAAACAGUGGGAAGCCAGCUUGAUCGUGAGAAGGACUAUUUGGCCCCUACUACUGUUCGACAACUGAUGGCACAACAAGAACUGGAUCGGAUAAAGAAGGCUUCAGAUGUUUUGGGAUUAACUGUUCAACAGUCAAGUAUGAUGGAGAGCAGCAGUCCUCUUCACGGUCUCAAUCUGUCAGCAUCUUACCAAGGGCUACCUGGCCUUCCUUCAGUUCUCCUUCCUGGGAUGAACAGCCCAUCUCCAUUGCCUGGGUUUACACAGAGUGCAAACAAUUUGACAUCUCCUGGUGCCAGCAUGCUUGGGUUCCCUACUUCAGCUACUCCAUCUCCUGCCCUCUCUCUUAGCAGUGCACCCACUAAAUCUUUGCUGCAGACUCCCCCACCACCACAUCCUCCGCCACCCCAUCCAUCCUCGUCAUCAUCCUGUUUGUCAGGACAGCAGACAGAUCACCAAAACAAAGACUUGGAAAAAAAUCUUAAGCGACAAAAAUUCAAAAAGAUCAAAGAGGAGGAAUCAGAGGCUGCAAAAUCUGAAGUUAGGCAAUCUAAAAAAGAGGAAAAAAUCUCAUCUGCUCUUUCCAUGUUGGGCAAAGCUGAAACAUCUGUGGACCAUGCUCAUUUGCAAGCACUUCAAAAUGCUGUCUCUGGUGACCCAGCUUCUUUUAUAGGUGGGCAGUUCUUGCCAUAUUUUAUUCCUGGCUUUGCUUCAUACUUCACUCCCCAGCUUCAUGGAACAAUGCAAGGUGGUUAUCUCCCCCCAUUAUGUGGGAUGGAAAGCCUCUUCCCAUAUGGUCCAGCAGUGCCUCAAGCCAUUGCUGGUUUAUCACCUGGUGCAUUGUUACAACAAUACCAACAAUAUCAGCAGAGCCUACAGGAUUCGCUACAAAAACAACAAAAAAAACAGCAGCAGCAGCAGCAGAUGCCGCCACAUCAAGAGCAAAAACCUCCACAAGUAAACUCGCCUAACAUAGAAAAUGAACAACAGCAAAAGUCAAAUGAAGAGUUGGAAAAGAAGGAAGAAAAGAGUCCUGCCACAGAAAGCACAAAAGAAGAAUCCCAAACACACCCAAAAAGUGCAGACUUUUCAGACAAUUGCAUUGUUCCAUUUGUCAAGCAUGAAUUUAUAUGCAGAAAGUGCCAGAUGAUGUUUACUGAUGAAGAGGCAACAGUAAACCAUCAAAAGUCCUUCUGUUACUUUGGUCAGGCUUUAUUUGACCCACAAGAAACAGUGCUUCGAGUCCCAGUCAACAAACAUAAGUGUCUUGCCUGUGAUGUGGCUAUUAGCGGAAAUGAAGCACUUAACCAACACCUCCAAUCAAGCUUGCACAAAGAGAAAACAAUCAAACAAGCAAUGAGAAAUGCCAAAGAGCAUGUUAGAUUAUUACCUCACUCAGUCUGCUCCCCUAGUCCUAACACCACAUCUACCUCGCAGUCUGCAGCUUCUUCUAAUAACACCUAUCCUCAUCUUUCUCGCUUCUCCAUGAAGUCCUGGCCAAAUAUUCUUUUUCAAGCGUCUGCCAGGAAAGCUGCUUCUUCCCCUUCUUCUUCUCCUCCUUCCCUCUCCUUGCCUUCAACGGUUACCUCAAGUUUGUGCAGCACCUCAGGGGUUCAAACCUCACUACCCACAGAAAGUUGUUCAGAUGAGUCUGACAGUGAGUUGAGCCAGAAGCUGGAAGACUUAGAUAACCCACUGGAAGUCAAAGCAAAACCUGCUUCUGGCCUAGAUGGUAAUUUCAAUAGCAUCAGAGUGGAUAUGUUCAGUGUGUAG